CAUUUUUGAUCAUUAAAUAUGUAACAUUUAAAGUGGCCACGAUCCCUCCAUUGCGUCCGGGACUUGCAUACAAGUCAACGGAAAUAAGGUUGACUUUUGUAAUCUACAACUACUACAAGAGCAAAAUUUAUACAUAUCCGUCAUUUAUGAGAUUACCAGAGAACCAAAGUGUUUAGAAUUAUCACAUCUGUCGGGAAAAAUGUACAUUCAGAUGACAGAUGGAGUUCCUCCGCCGCUGGAGCAAAGUUCGUUAGACCACCGGAUUGAAGAGCUUGAGAGACAGAAAGAUAUCGACGAUUGGCUACCGAUAACUUCAUCGAGAAACGCGAAAUGGUGGUACUCCACGUUUCACAAUGUGACUGCCAUGGUUGGAGCCGGCGUCCUUGGUCUGCCUUACUCCAUGGCCCAACUCGGAUGGGGACCAGGCAUAGCAGUCCUGAUACUAUCAUGGAUAAUAACACUUUACACGUUAUGGCAAAUGGUGGAGAUGCAUGAGAUGGUUCCUGGAAAACGCUUUGACCGUUACCAUGAACUUGGCCAGUUCGCGUUUGGUGAACGUCUUGGCCUUUAUAUCAUCGUCCCUCAGCAAAUCAUUGUUGAAGUUGGAGUAUGCAUAGUUUAUAUGGUCACCGGAGGACAGUCGUUGAAGAAGUUUCAUGAACUCGCCUGUCAAGAUUGCUCACCGAUUAGACUUUCUUUCUUCGUAAUGAUAUUUGCUUCUUCUCAUUUCGUUUUAUCUCAUCUCCCAAACUUCAAUUCCAUCUCGGGUGUCUCUCUUGUGGCCGCCGUCAUGUCUCUUAGUUAUUCGACGAUUGCUUGGACAGCAACAGCUGCGAAGGGCGUCCAAGAAGACGUUCAAUAUGGUUACAAAUCAGGCACGACAGCGUCAACGGUCUUAAGCUUCUUUACGGGACUUGGGGGCAUUGCGUUUGCUUAUGCAGGUCACAAUGUGGUGCUUGAGAUCCAAGCAACAAUACCUUCUACUCCAAGUACCCCUUCUAAAGGUCCUAUGUGGAGAGGAGUCGUGGUUGCUUACGUGGUUGUAGCCUUGUGUUAUUUUCCCGUCGCUUUAGUUGGAUACGGUGUUUUUGGAAACGCCGUUUUGGAUAACGUUUUGAUGUCGCUCGAAACGCCCGUUUGGGCCAUCGCAACCGCUAACUUGUUCGUCGUUAUGCAUGUCAUUGGUAGUUACCAGAUAUUUGCGAUGCCGGUUUUCGACAUGGUGGAGACAUUUCUGGUUAAGAAACUAAAUUUCAAACCCUCUACAAUUCUUCGUUUCAUCGUACGAAAUGUUUAUGUUGCUUUAACAAUGUUCAUUGCCAUAAUGAUACCGUUCUUUGGCGGCCUUCUCGCUUUCUUUGGGGGAUUUGCGUUUGCUCCAACAACGUAUUUCCUUCCUUGCAUAAUGUGGCUGCUAAUCUAUAAACCAAAGAGGUUUAGCCUGUCGUGGUGGACCAAUUGGGUAUGUAUAGUGCUUGGAGUUAUUUUGAUGAUCUUAUCAUCAAUAGGAGGUUUAAGGCAAAUCAUUAUUCAAUCCAAAGAUUACAGUUUGUUCUCUUGAUUAAAUUCGCCCUAGCUACUAACACAAUCUACCAUAGAAAAAAUGGGCUUUCUUUAUCAAAUACAAAUUUAUCAAUUUUUCAUUCGUGUUUUGAGUGUUAAACGGGACUUUUCCCUUAUCAAACACAGAUUUAUCAAUUUGUCAAAUUAUGAAGAUAAUGAGUAUAAUUUUUUGGGAUUUCUAGGAAAAUUAGGGAUCAUAAGACAUUUUUGGCCUUUUCUAUGAUUACUUUACAUAAGAAAAACGGCAACGUUCAUUUUUUAGUUUUUUUUUUUCCAAACGGCAACGAAUGAUGAAUACACACAAGGAAAAAAAACAGACAGUUUAUGAGCUACACAACAAAAUAUUGAAAUCUCUGGUUAAGUAUCUUACAUUAAGAUUAUAUGUAUAUAUAGGUGUAUACAAUGAUAAAGAAGAAUCAUAAGCUCUAAACUAA